CGGCAGCAGAGCUUACGCUCCAACCAUCAAUGUUAGACCAGAGGAAGAGAGUCCGAGUAAGAGAGCAGACUUCGAGAGAGUGACCGGAGCGGACCGCCACUGGAUGUGGGAGUCUGGGGCCGGCCUACGGUGGAUCUUUGCCGGCCACGGUGUGAAUGGGAUUACACCGGUUGUUCCGCGUCUCCUGUCGGUGCUGCUGCUGCUGCUGCUGGAGGAACCAUGCGGCUGCAGAGCUUCCCGCUCCCCUCGGUCCUCGCGCCGCCGCUGCUGCUGUUGCUGAUUGGGCUCUGCAGCGGCACAAGUUUCCCAAGUAACAUCAACAUUGGAGGCCUUUUCCCCACCGGCUCACAUGAGUAUGAGGUGUUUCGUUUCGCCUUGGCGCAGCAUCAGGACGUCCCGAAACUGGUGCCACAAGUGGACAUGGUGGACACAGGGAGCAGCUUUGCCAUGACCUACGCCUUCUGCUCCCAGUUCUCCAAAGGUGUGUACGCUAUCAUGGGCCUGUACGACCGGCGGACGGUCAACAUGCUGAUGUCCUUCUGCAGCUCUCUGCACGUGUGCUUUGUCACGCCGUCCUUCCCCGUCCAGACCAACAACCAGUUUGUUCUGCAGCUGAGACCCCAGCUGCAGGAGCCUCUCAUGGCCCUGCUGGAGCACUUCUACUGGACCAGGUUCGUCUACAUGUACAGCUCCGACUCAGGUCUGGCGGUGCUGCAGAGGAUCCUGGACACGGCGGCAGAGCACAGCUGGCAGGUCACCUCCGUUAACUUGGACACUCUGACGGAGAUGGCCUUCGUCAAGCUGCUGGCAGACCUCGACUACAAGAAGGACUUCCAGAUCAUUAUCGACUGUGAACUAGAACGCCUCAACUCCAUCCUCAACCUGAUUGCUGCUCAGAAGAGAAACUUGAAGAACUAUCAUUACAUCCUGGCCAAUCUGGGCUUCAUGGACCUGAAUAUCACAGAGUUUCAGAAACUUGGACCGAAUGUGACGGGCUUCCAGCUGAUCAACCAGUCCGAUCCAGCUGUGAUGAAGAUCAACCAGGACUGGCAGGACUUUGACAGCAAAGACCUCAAACUGACCCGCAAGAAGCUCAAGUACACAGGAGCUCUGACCUACGAUGGCGUCAACGUCAUGGCGAGGGCUUUCCAGAACCUGCGGCGCCAGCGGAUCGACAUCUCUCGCCGUGGCAACGCAGGGGAGUGUCUGGCCAACCCGCCUGCUCCUUGGGGACAAGGCAUCGACAUCCAGAGAGCCCUGCAGCAGGUGCUUCUGAAGGGGCUAACGGGCCACGUCCAGUUUGACGAACGAGGACAUCGCACCAACUACACUCUGACUGUGAUGGAGCUGAGCCACCUCGGACCCAGGAAGAUUGGCUACUGGAACGAGAAGACGGGCUACGUGAACACAGCUGUCUACAGGCCAGUGCAGGAGGAGUUCUUUGGUCUGUUAAACAGAACCUACGUAGUCACGACCAUACUGGAAGCGCCCUACAUGAUGCUGAAGAAGAACCACGAGCAGCUGGUGGGAAACGACAAAUACGAAGGUUACUGCGCCGAACUCGCCUCUGAGAUCGCUAAACACGUUGGCUUCACGUACCGGCUUGAGCUGGUGGGCGAUGGCAAGUAUGGCGCCAGAGAACCUGAAACUAAGAUGUGGAACGGCAUGGUGGGAGAACUGGUGUAUGGGAAAGCCGACAUGGCGGUCGCCCCGCUGACCAUCACGCUGGUACGAGAGCAGGUGAUCGACUUCACCAAACCCUUCAUGUCUCUGGGAAUCUCCAUCAUGAUCAAGAAACCCACCAAGUCCAAGCCGGGCGUCUUCUCUUUCCUCGACCCGCUGGCCUACGAGAUAUGGAUGUGCAUUGUGUUUGCCUACAUCGGUGUCAGCGUGGUGCUCUUCCUGGUGAGUCGUUUCAGUCCUUAUGAGUGGAAGGGUGAAGACUCUGAUGAUGAAGAUGAAACUGCCCCCUCUUCUUCCAGAAGAGCUCCGCCCAUUUCUUCCUCUGAACUUCCUCAUUCCCAAGGGCUGUCUCCAUCUCAGAACCAGAACCAGCAGAAGGACAAAGACAACCCAGAGUACACCAAUGAUUUUGGGAUCUUUAAUUCUCUCUGGUUCUCUCUCGGGGCCUUCAUGCAACAGGGCUGUGACAUCUCCCCCAGGUCUCUCUCAGGUCGAAUUGUGGGAGGAGUUUGGUGGUUUUUCACCCUCAUCAUCAUCUCCUCAUACACAGCCAACUUGGCAGCCUUCCUCACAGUGGAGAGGAUGGUUUCCCCAAUAGAGAGCGCAGAGGAUCUAGCCAAGCAGACAGAGAUCGCCUAUGGGACGCUGGACGGUGGCUCCACCAAAGAGUUCUUCAGGCGGUCAAAGAUUGCUGUGUUCGAGAAGAUGUGGUCAUACAUGCGCAGUGCAGACCCAUCAGUGUUUGUGAAAAACACCAAUGAGGGAGUGAUACGAGUCAGGAAGUCAAAGGGGAAGUACGCUUACCUGCUGGAGUCCGCCAUGAAUGAGUACAUCGAGCAGAGGAAGCCCUGCGACACCAUGAAAGUAGGAGGUAACCUGGAUUCUAAAGGCUACGGAGUGGCCACGCCCAAAGGAUCGCCCCUCAGAAACCCUGUUAACUUGGCAGUGUUAAAACUGAACGAGCAGGGCCUGUUGGACAAAUUGAAAAACAGAUGGUGGUAUGACAAGGGAGAAUGCGGCAUCGGGGGAGGGGACUCCAAGGACAAGACGAGCGCGCUCAGUCUGAGCAAUGUGGCGGGGGUCUUUUACAUUCUGAUUGGUGGGCUAGGCCUGGCCAUGCUGGUUGCACUGGUCGAGUUCUGCUACAAGUCUCGGAUCGAGUCCAGGAGGAUGAAGGAGCUUAUUGAUGCCGCCAUGAUGAGCACCAGCCUUGGCGGGAUGGCAGCGGGAGGAGGCGUAGUCGUGGCAGGCGGUCUGGGCGGAGGACCAUCAGGACUCGGAGGCGAGAAUGGCCGCUUGAUGGCACACGAUUUCCCAAAAGCUGGAGCUCAAGGUUUACCCUGCAUGAGCAAGGCAGCUGGGCUAGGAAUGUCCUCCACAGGCAUGUGAUCUGAACCAAGACUCCUGAUUGGAUAGGACACUCACUGUCUAUUGGUGAGGUGAGCAGAGGAAAGAGACUUAGAAAAAGAUGGUUGUCAGGUGGACAGACAGGAGAGUGUUCAUGUUCACCUUGCCAAAUGCAAAUGAACUCUAAUGAACAGAGAGUAUCUGAACACAAUACCUGCUGCUGUGAGAUGAGCAGCUGAUGUGGGACUACUUUUUUCUAUGAGUGCUGUCUUAAACUGAUCUCCUCCUAUUCUGCAGUAACAGGACUGGAGGCGGAGGGACUUUUUUUACAGCUUCUUAGACUCAAUCAACACAGCAUCUUUUCUUCCCCUUCACUCCUCCUCUUCCUCAGUUUCAGCUCAAACACGGAGCUGAAACAGCUCAAACACUGCUUCAUCCUUUUCACAUUAAAUGCCACUUUCAUGAGGGGCUGUGAGACCUUCGAGCAUAGGAACAUCCUAAACUUUUUUUUUAAUUUUUUUACUUUGAAGCACAAAUUAAAAUUUGUGUUGGUGAUGAAAAGCCUGAUUAGUGAGUUGUCUCCAUGACAACAACGAUAAUACAGUUUACAUAUGGAGACAGACGUGUCACAUGGUUGAUUUGGUGCCAUUUUGUAUGUUUAUAUGGACACGGGUAAGCCAGAUAUGAUCAGGUCUUAGAAAUGUUUGAACAUCACAUGCUGGAAGAUGCAAACAAAUCCAACAAGAGCUGCAGAAAUUUCCUGUCCUCACUCAGCUCUUCAGUUACAAUAUGCUCAAGGAUUAGUGAAGAAUUUUUGUCCAGUGGUGUCAAAACAAGAGCUUUUCUACAUAUAUUCUUGCAUGGUGUCAGGCUGACUUUCACAGUUCCAGUUUUAUCAUGGCUAUCUUUCUCAUACAUGAUGACUUACCCUGAAACUUUGUUCCAAACAAAAUCUGAAUAAAACAUAGAGUCACUUUG